AUGUUACGAGCUUGUGUACUGGAUUUCCAAGGAAGUUGGGAUGAUCAUCUGCCUUUGAUAGAGUGUGCUUAUAACAAUAGUUAUCAUGCCAGUAUUAAAAUGGCUCCGUAUAAAGCUCUUUAUGGUAGGAAGUGUAGAUCCCCUGUCGGUUGGUUUAAAGUCGUAGAAGCAAACUUAUUUGGGCCAGAUCUUGUUCAUCAGGCUAUUGAAAAGGUAAAGCUUAUUCAGGAACGAUUGCGUACAGCUCAGAGUCGUCAGAAAUCUUAUGCAGAUGUACGACGACGAGAAUUAGAAUUUCAAGUGGCUUAUGAAUUGGAGCUACCAACAGAGUUACAAGCGGUUCAUCUAGUUUUCCAUGUGUCCAUGCUUAGGAAGUGUAUAGGAGACCCAUCCAGAAUCGUGCCUGUUGACGAUAUACAAGUUAUAGAAAAUCUGACAUAUGAGGAAGAGCCAGUUGCUAUUCUCGAUAGACAAGUUCGCAGACUCCGAAACAAAGACGUGGCUUCAGUGAAGGUUCUAUGGAGGAGUAAAUAUAGGGAAGAGAUGACAUGGGAAGCCGAAGCAGAAAUGAGGUCCAACCUCAGAACAUUGCUGCGGAAGGAAAACAGAGUUCUGCGCAGAAAGCUUCAGGACACUGCGCUUUCCUUCCGCAUCGCGGAAGGAAAGCGGAAGCCCUCAGAACCUUGUGAUGCGGAAGGAAAGCGGAACUCUGCGCAGUCCCUUGUUUUCAGUUCAGUCCAAUAA